AUGCAUAUAUACUUAAUGAUUGAUCUAUCACUUAAUAUCCUGAUGAACAUGAUCCUUCACAUACAAAGUCCAAAUAAUUUUAAAACUUACCUUAGCAAGAGUCAUAGCAAUUAUUUUAAUCUAAAAAUUUAAAGUAAGGGCAAGAAGUGCAGAAGAUAGCACUUUAUUCACAAGUAGCACAAGUAUGGCUACAUGGUAAACAUUAUAAGAGUAAGGUAUUACCAUAAUAUCCAUCCUCACAUGGAUACAUACAUCGAUGAGUAUCAGUUUGAUGCAGAAAAGUUUAAUAAUCUUUAUUGGCUCUUAUAGUACCACAUUUCUCCUUAAAGCAUUAAUUAAUCUGAUAUCCAUUAAUAUUGUUAUUCUCAUAAAUUAAAUCUUGAGGAUCACAAGAUGUUCUACAGGAACUAACAUUAUCUAUUAUUUCUAAGUAUUGAGGAUAACAUGACUUAACACACAUAUUCUAAUCCAUUGGAUACUGAUAUAAACAACUAGUACAAAAUUUAUCGCUAGUACAUGAUUUACAAAAUUAGGGACAAUAUUAAAGUAAAACAAUUGAUUUGGGUGAUACUUCGUCAGGAAUUUCUUAUACUACUUCAUAUGUAUCAAUUAAAUUUGCUUUCAGGCAUUAGUUCUAAAAUAAUUUAUAUCCAACGCUGCAUUCUUUAACACAAUUUUUAUUCUCUGUAUAUAACCAAGUUGGACAUUCUAAUUCACAAGUCCAAUUAUAUUUGUUAUUAAAAUUGA